GCGGCGCUGGGAAAGAUGGCGGCGGUGGGCAACACGGUGCCCUGCGGGGCCGGGUCUUGUGGGGCCCGGCCCGACGGGCAGCCCAAGCCUGGACUGCAACCGCACGCGCUCCUUGCUGCCGGGCCAGCGCUCAUAGCAAGCGGCGACGAGCUGGUUGCCGCUGUGUGGCCAUACCGGCGGCUCGCUCUGCUGCGGCGCCUCACCGUGCUGCCGUUCGCGGGUCUGCUCUACCCAGCGUGGUUGGGCGCUGCGGCCGCCGGUUGCUGGGGCUGGGGCAGUAGCUGGGCUCAGAUCCCCGAGGCCGCGCUGCUUGUGCUGGCCACUAUCUGCCUCGCGCACGCGCUCACCGUCCUCUCGGGGCAUUGGUCCGUGCACGCGCACUGCGCGCUCACCUGCACCCCGGAAUACAACCCUAGCAAAGCGACCUUCGUAAAGGUGGUACCGACCCCCAACAAUGGCUCCACAGAGCUCGUGGCCCUGCAUCGUGAUGAGGGUGAAGAUGGGCUUGAGGUGCUGUCCUUUGAAUUCCAAAAGAUCAAGUAUUCCUAUGAUGCUCUUGAGAAAAAGCAAUUCCUCCCUGUGGCCUUUCCUGUGGGAAACACCUUCUCAUAUUAUCAGAGCAACAGAGGGUUCCAGGAAGAUGCAGAGAUCCGAGCAGCUGAGAAGAAAUUUGGGAGCAAUAAGGCUGAGAUGGUGGUGCCUGACUUCUCUGAACUUUUCAAGGAGAGAGCCACAGCCCCCUUCUUUGUCUUUCAGGUGUUCUGCGUGGGGCUCUGGUGUCUGGAUGAGUACUGGUACUACAGUGUCUUCACACUGUCCAUGCUGGUGGCUUUUGAGGCCUCAUUGGUGCAGCAGCAGAUGCGGAACAUGUCAGAGAUCCGGAAGAUGGGCAAUAAGCCCCACAUGAUACAGGUCUACCGAAACCGCAAGUGGAGGCCCAUUGCCAGUGAUGAGAUUGUUCCCGGGGACAUUGUCUCCAUCGGCCGCUCCCCCCAGGAAAACCUAGUGCCCUGUGAUGUGCUGCUGCUGCGGGGCCGCUGCAUCGUGGACGAGGCCAUGCUCACAGGGGAGUCGGUGCCACAAAUGAAGGAGCCAAUUGAAGACCUUAACCCAGACCGGGUGCUGGACCUCCAAGCUGACUCCCGGCUCCAUGUCAUCUUUGGGGGCACCAAGGUGGUACAACACAUACCCCCACAGAAGGCCACCACAGGCCUGAAGCCGGUUGACAAUGGGUGUGUGGCUUAUGUCCUGCGUACCGGAUUCAACACUUCCCAGGGCAAGCUGCUGCGCACAAUUCUCUUUGGGGUCAAGAGGGUGACCGCAAACAACCUGGAGACCUUCAUUUUUAUCCUUUUCCUCCUGGUCUUUGCCAUUGCAGCGGCUGCCUAUGUGUGGAUUGAAGGCACUAAGGACCCCAGCCGGAACCGCUACAAGCUGUUUCUGGAGUGCACCCUGAUCCUCACCUCGGUUGUACCCCCUGAGCUGCCCAUCGAGCUGUCCCUAGCUGUCAACACCUCCCUCAUUGCCCUGGCCAAGCUCUACAUGUACUGCACGGAGCCCUUCCGGAUCCCCUUUGCGGGCAAGGUCGAGGUGUGCUGCUUUGACAAGACAGGAACCUUGACCAGUGACAGCUUAGUGGUGCGUGGUGUGGCUGGGCUAAGAGAUGGGAAGGAGGUGACCCCAGUGUCCAGCAUCCCUGUAGAAACACACCGUGCCCUGGCCUCAUGCCACUCCCUUAUGCAGCUUGAUGAUGGCACCCUUGUGGGUGACCCCCUUGAGAAGGCCAUGCUCACAGCCGUGGACUGGACACUGACCAAAGAUGAGAAAGUAUUCCCCCGAAGUAUUAAAACUCAGGGGCUGAAAAUUCACCAGCGCUUUCAUUUUGCCAGUGCCCUAAAACGAAUGUCCGUGCUCGCCUCCUAUGAGAAGCUCGGCUCCACUGACCUCUGCUACAUCGCGGCUGUGAAGGGGGCCCCUGAAACCCUGCACUCCAUGUUUUCCCAGUGCCCGCCUGACUACCACCACAUCCACACUGAGAUCUCACGAGAAGGAGCCCGCGUCCUCGCACUGGGGUACAAGGAGCUAGGGCACCUUACCCACCAGCAGGCCCGGGAGGUCAAGCGUGAAGCCCUGGAAUGCAGCCUCAAGUUUGUCGGUUUCAUCGUGGUCUCCUGCCCACUCAAGGCUGACUCCAAGGCUGUUAUUCGAGAGAUUCAGAAUGCAUCCCAUCGGGUGGUCAUGAUCACAGGCGACAACCCACUCACUGCCUGCCACGUGGCCCAGGAGUUGCACUUCAUUGAAAAGGCCCACACGCUCAUCCUGCAGCCUCCCUCAGACAAAGGCCAAAUGUGCGAGUGGCGUUCCAUUGAUGGCAGCAUCGUACUACCCCUGUCCCCGGGCUCCCCAAAGACAUUGGCCCUGGAACAUGCACUGUGCCUCACAGGUGAUGGCCUGGCCCACCUUCAGGCCACCGACCCCCAGCAGCUACUCCAUAUCAUCCCCCACGUACAGGUGUUUGCCCGUGUGGCCCCCAAACAGAAGGAAUUUGUCAUCACCAGUCUGAAGGAGCUGGGCUACGUGACCCUCAUGUGUGGGGAUGGCACUAACGACGUGGGCGCCCUGAAGCACGCCGAUGUGGGUGUAGCACUCCUUGCCAAUGCCCCUGAGAGAGUCGUUGAGCGGCGACGGCGGCCCCGGGACAGCCCAGUUCUGAACAACAGUGGUAUUAGGGCCACCUCCAGGAUGGCCAAGCAGAGGUCGGGGCUUCUACCUUCUGAGGAACCACCAACUUCCCAAAGGGUGAGUCAAUGGAGGGAGAUGCUGGUACCCACUUUGGCCAGGGCUGAUCCUCUGCCAUCCAACCCACAGGACCGCCUAAGCCAGGUGCUGCGGGACCUCGAGGAUGAAAGCACACCUAUUGUGAAAUUGGGGGAUGCCAGCAUUGCAGCACCGUUCACCUCUAAGCUCUCAUCCAUCCAGUGCAUCUGCCACGUGAUCAAGCAGGGCCGUUGCACAUUGGUAACCACACUGCAGAUGUUCAAGAUCCUGGCACUCAAUGCCCUCAUCCUGGCCUAUAGCCAGAGUGUCUUGUACCUUGAAGGUGUCAAGUUCAGCGACUUCCAGGCCACAUUGCAGGGGCUGCUACUGGCUGGCUGCUUCCUCUUCAUCUCUCGUUCCAAGCCCCUGAAGACCCUGUCUCGAGAGCGACCCCUGCCCAAUAUCUUCAACCUAUAUACAAUCCUCACGGUUAUGCUCCAGUUCUUUGUGCACUUCCUGAGCCUUGUCUACCUGUACAGUGAGGCCCAGGCCCGCAGCCCUGGGAAGCGGGAGCAGUUUGUGGACCUGUACAAGGAGUUUGAACCGACCCUAGUUAACAGCACUGUGUACAUCAUGGCCAUGGCCAUGCAGAUGGCCACCUUCGCCAUCAACUAUAAGGGCCCACCCUUCAUGGAGAGCCUGCCCGAGAAUAAGCCCCUGGUGUGGAGCCUGGCUGUGUCACUCCUGGCCAUUGUUGGCCUGCUCCUCGGCUCCUCACCUGACUUCAACAGCCAGUUUGGCCUCGUGGACAUCCCUGUGGAGUUCAAGCUCGUCAUCGCCCAGGUCCUGCUUCUGGACUUCUGCCUGGCGCUCCUGGCCGACCGUGUCCUACAGUUCUUCCUGGGGACCCCAAAGCUGAAAGUGCCUUCCUGAGAUGGCGGUGCUGGUACCCACCGUCUACCCUGGCUGCCACCAGGCGGGAGCCCUGCCAGGGCCCCAGGAGGAAACAGUGUCCCCCACCCCUACCCCCAUGGUGAGGCUUCCUGGCCUUGCCCUUGGAAGACUGAACUGGGGCCCCCACAGCCCUCUGCUGGCCUGGCUUGUGGAAAUAGCCCCUUUGUUAAAUAAAGCAGCAUCCAAGAUUUUAAGAA